UUUCUCCUGAUGUGAUGCCGUUCAGCUCUCUGUUGAAGUUUUGGGUGGAGAAGCAGAGAGCAGAGUCUCCUGGACCCAGCUGUGAGUCCGUGAAGGGUGCCUUCUCUAAAGAUGACAUCAAUGACUUCAAAGAUGGACCUCCUGCUGAUAAAAGGAUGCAGGAGCAGAGACCAGAGUCUCCUGGACCCAGCUGUGUGUCCCUGAAGAGUAACUUUUCUAAAGAUGACUAUAUUGACUUCAAAGAUGGACCUCCUGCUGAUAAAAGGAUGCAGGAGCAGAGACCAGAGUCUCCUGGACCCAGCUGUGUGUCCCUGAAGAGUAACUUUUCUAAAGAUGACUAUAUUGACUUCAAAGGUGGACCUCCUGCUGAUAAAAGGAUGCAGGAGCAGAGACCAGAGUCUCCUGGACCCAGCUGUGUGUCCCUGAAGAGUAACUUUUCUAAAGAUGACUAUAUUGACUUCAAAGGUGGACCUCCUGCUGAUAAAAGAGUUCAACAGAGCUCAGAGGAUCUCAGUGAUCACCCAGACCAGCAGCAUCAAACAGACAUGGACUCCAAAUUUUUGCUGCUGGAGGAGGACUUCAUCACCUUUGUGAAGAAGGAGCUGAAGAGAGUCCAGAGGGUUCUGAGUUCAGAUUACCCAGCAUGCUUUGAGGGUCAGAGUGAGGAUGAGGAGGUUUUAGAUGGUGAGGAUGAAGAGCAGAGGAGGAGCAGAGAUGCUUUUCUGAAGAUCACUCUGCACCUUCUGAGAAAAAGGAAGCAGGAUGAGCUGGUUGACUGUCUGCAGCGCAGAUCUUAUGCUGCAGUGUGCCAAAACCAACUGAAGUCUAACCUGAAGGAGAAGUUCCAGUGUGUGUUUGAGGGGAUCGCUAAAGCAGGACACCAAACCCUUCUGAAUCAGAUCUACACAGAGCUCUACAUCACAGAGGGAGAGACUGGAGAGGUCAAUGAUGAACAUGAGGUCAGACAGAUUGAAGCAGCAUCCAGGACACCACACAGAGCAGAAACAACCAUCAGACCAGAAGACAUCUUUAAAGGCUCACCUGGAAGAGAUGAACCAAUCAGAACAGUGCUGACAAAGGGAGUGGCUGGCAUCGGGAAAACCUUCUUAACACAGAAGUUCACUCUGGACUGGGCUGAAGACAAAACUAACCAGGACAUCCAGUUCACAUUUCCCUUCACUUUCAGAGAGCUGAAUGUGCUGAGAGAGAGAAAGUUCAGCUUGGUGGAACUUGUUCAUUACUUCUUCACUGAAACCAGAGAAGCAGGACUCUGCAGGUUUGAAGAGUUCCAGGUAGUGUUCAUCUUUGACGGUCUGGAUGAGUGUAGACUUCCUCUGGACUUCAAUAGAAGUGAGAUCCUGACUGAUGUCAUGAAGUCCACUUCAGUGGAUGUGCUGCUGACAAACCUCAUCAGGGGGAAACUGCUCCCCUCUGCUCGCCUCUGGAUAACCACUCGACCUGCAGCAGCCAAUCAGAUCCCUCCAUGGUGUGUUGACAUGGUGACAGAGGUCAGAGGGUUCACUGACCCACAGAGGGAGGAGUACUUCAGGAAGAGAUUCAGAAACCAGGAGCAGGCCAGCAGAAUUAUCUCCCACAUCAAGACAUCACGGAGUCUCCAGAUCAUGUGCCACAUCCCGGUCUUCUGCUGGAUCACUGCUACAGUUCUGGAGGAUGUGCUGAAGACCAGAAAUGGGGGAGAGCUACCCAGGACCCUGACUGAGAUGUACAUCCACUUCCUGGUGGUUCAGACCAAACGGAAGAGCAUCAAGUAUGAUGGAGGAGCUGAGACUGAUCAACCCUGGAGUCCAGAGAGCAGGGAGAUGAUCGAGUCUCUGGGAAAACUGGCUUUUGAGCAGCUGCAGAAAGGAAACCUGAUCUUCUAUGAGUCAGACCUGACAGAGUGUGGCAUCGAGAUCAGAGCAGCCUCAAUGUACUCAGGAGUGCUCACACAGAUCUUUAUAGAGCAGAGAGGACUGUACCAGGACAAGGUGUUCUGCUUCAUCCAUCUGAGCGUUCAGGAGUUUCUGGCUGCUCUUCAUGUCCAUCUGACCUUCACCAAGUCUGGACUCAAUCUGAUGUCUGGAACAGGAGAGGCUCGUCUCUAUCAGAGUGCUGUGGACCAGGCCUUACAGAGUCCAAAUGGACACCUGGACUUGUUCCUCCGCUUCCUCCUCGGCCUUUCACUAGAGACCAAUCAGACUCUCCUUAGAGGUCUUCUGACACAGACAGGAAGUAGCUCUAAGACUAAAACAGAAACAGUCGAGUACAUCAAGAAGAAGAUCAGUGAGGAUCUGUCUGCAGAGAGAAGCAUCAACCUAUUCCACUGUCUGAAUGAACUGAAUGAUCAAUCUCUAGUGGAGGAGAUCCAACAGUCCCUGAGAUCAGGACGUCUCUCCACAGAUCUACUUUCUCCUGCUCAGUGGUCGGCUCUGGUCUUCAUCUUAUUGUCAUCAGAGAAAGAUCUGGACGUGUUUGACCUGAAGAAAUACUCUGCUUCAUUGAAGGCUCUUCUGAGGCUGCUGCCAGUAAUCAAAGCCUCAAAUAAAGCUCUGUUAAGUUCAUGUAACCUCUCAAAGGGAAGCUGUACAGCUCUGUCCUCAGUCCUCAGCUCACAGUCCUCUAGUCUGAGAGAGCUGGACCUGAGCAACAACGACCUGCAGGAUCCAGGAGUGGAGCUACUGUGUGAGGGACUGAGGAGUCCUCACUGUAGACUGGAAACUCUCAGGCUGAGUUUCUGUAACCUCUCAGAGAGAAGCUGUGAAGCUCUGUCCUCAGUCCUCAGCUCACAGUCCUCUAGUCUGAGAGAGCUGGACCUGAGCAACAACGACCUGCAGGAUUCAGGAGUCAAAGUGCUCUGUGAGGGACUUACGACUCAACUAUUCAAUCUGGAAACUCUCAGCUUGUCAGGCUGUCUGAUCACGGAAGAGGGCUGUGCUUCUCUGGCCUCAGCUCUUAGCUCCUCUUGUCUGAGAGAGCUGGACCUGAGCUACAAUCAUCCAGGAGAACCAGGAGAGACGCUGCUGACUGCUCGACUGAAGGAUCCACAGUGCAGACUGCAGAAACUGAGGUUGGACCAUGGUGGACCGCACAGACUCAGAGCUGGUCUUAAGAAAUACGCCUGUGAGCUGGAACUGAACAGAAACACAGUGAACAGAAACCUCAAACUGUCUGACAACAACAGAGAGCUGACACAUGUGGACGAGCCUCAGUCAUAUCGUGAUCAUCCAGACAGAUUUGACCCCUGCCCUCAGGUGCUGUGUAUGACUGGUCUGACUGGUCGCUGUUACUGGGAGGUUGAGUGGAGAGGACUUGUUGCUGUAUCAGUGACUUACAGAGGAACCAACAGGAAAGAAGAAAGUACUGGAUUUUCGUUUGGAGAAAAUGAUCACUCCUGGGCACUGCUCUGCUCUGAUGUUAACGGUUAUUCUGUCUCUCACAAUAACAAAGUAACAAACAUCUCCUCCUCCCCUGCCUCUCACAGAGUAGGAGUGUAUGUGGACCAUCCUGCUGGCACUCUGUCCUUCUACAGCAUCUCCUGUGACACACUGAUCCACCUCCACACCUUCAACACCAUGUUCACUGAACCUCUGUAUCCUGGGUUUGGGCUUGGGAUUAGGCUCUGGUCUGGUUCCUCGUUGUCUCGGUGUUCUCUGUAGGUCAGAGAAACACUGCUGACUGAAGAUCAGCUGACUCUGUCCUCUCUGUGAAGCAGAUCAGUCUCAA